AAGAGCCUAACCUAAUCUGGGAAUUCAGGUUGCUUCAUGUCCACCACAAUUUCAAUGUUCUCCACCACCCCCACACAAUUCUGUGCCUUGGCCAGGCCCUUAUUUGCUGCCUUUUGCUUAUUGUUGGGUAUAGGGAAGAGAGAGCUAUUCUUCUUUGAGAGUAGCCAAUUGCAAAGCUUUUCAGAGUGACAAAAAAAAAUGGCAACACAGGCACUGGUUUCCUCAUCGUCUAUUACCUCAUCAGUGGAGGCUGCAAGACAGAGAUUAGGAGGAAGGCCACUUCAGUCUCACACAAGGAAGGUUUCCGUUGUUGUCAGGGCUGCUUCUACUCCCCCUGUUAAGCAAGGAGCAGACAGACAACUCUGGUUUGCAUCCAAGCAGAGUCUUUCUUACUUGGACGGCAGCCUCCCAGGUGACUAUGGAUUUGAUCCACUGGGGCUCUCAGACCCUGAAGGCACAGGAGGUUUCAUUGAGCCCAGAUGGUUAGCCUAUGGAGAAGUCAUCAACGGCCGAUACGCUAUGUUGGGUGCAGUUGGAGCUAUUGCACCUGAGAUCCUUGGGAAGGCUGGCCUUAUUCCACCUGAAACAGCACUCCCAUGGUUCAAAACUGGCGUAUUUCCGCCUGCUGGAACAUACAACUACUGGGCAGACCCUUACACUCUAUUUGUAUUCGAGCUGGCACUCAUGGGUUUUGCAGAGCACAGGAGAUUCCAAGACUGGUACAAUCCAGGAUCCAUGGGUAAGCAGUACUUCUUGGGUUUUGAGAAAUACCUGGGAGGGUCAGGUGACCCGGCAUACCCUGGUGGACCUCUGUUCAACCCUCUUGGAUUUGGAAAAGAUGAGAAGUCCAUGAAGGAAUUGAAGCUGAAGGAGGUGAAGAAUGGGAGGUUGGCAAUGUUGGCAAUCUUGGGUUACUUUGUGCAAGCUCCGGUGACUGGUGUAGGCCCUUUCCAAAACCUCCUGGAUCACUUGGCUGACCCUGUAAACAACAAUGUGUUGACCAGCCUUAAGUUCCACUAAAAGGCGUAGUUUAGUUCAUCUCUCUCUCCUCUUAUUUAUAUGAUCAUGUGCACUUCCAGACUUUGAUUGAUGUAUCAUCUGUAAUCUGUAACAAACAUGUUGAGUACCAUGAAAUCUUCUUCUUAUUUCACAUUAAUCUAUAAAAUUUGGCAUCAAAACUGUUUACAUAUGAUGCAAUAUGAGAGAUGCCCUUUCUUUUCCGAACAGGCUAUAUUGCUUUAUAUCUCGUCAUUUCUGUCUUCCCAGUAAAUCAAUCUAUUCUUCUUUCCAA